AUAUUGAACAAACAGAGAGCAAUAUCGAUUCCAUAGCAGCACAAACAAACAAAAACAAUGGCAAUCUCUUUGCUCUGUUUUUGCCUCAUUACUCUCGUUACAUUAAUCCUCUUUGAAAAGAAGAUUAAACAGUCCAAAUGGAAUCUCCCUCCAAGCCCUCCUAAGUUUCCGGUCAUCGGAAACUUACACCAAAUCGGAGAACUGCCUCACAGGUCACUUGAACGUCUCGCCAGAAAAUACGGACCAGUGAUGCUUCUCCACUUUGGGUUUGUUCCUGUCGUUGUGGUCUCAUCGAGAGAAGCAGCUGAAGAAGUGCUUAGAACUCAUGACCUAGACUGUUGCAGCAGGCCUAAGCUUGUCGGGACAAGGCUACUCUCACGGGACUUUAAAGACAUCGCUUUCACGCCGUACGGUGAAGAGUGGAAGGAGCGGCGCAAGUUAGCCGUGCGUGAGCUGUUCUGCCUCAAAAAGGUUCAGUCCUUUAGGUAUAUUAGAGAGGAAGAAUGUAACUUUAUGGUCAAGAAACUGUCGGAAUCCGCUGUGUGUAGGUCCCCCGUUGACUUAAGCAAAGCCCUUUUCUGGCUAACCGCGAGUAUCCUGUUUAGAGUUGCCUUGGGACAAAACUUCAACGAGAGCAAGUUUAUCGACAAGGAAAAGAUCGAAGAGCUCGUGUUCGAAGCAGAGACUGCCCUAGGUAGUUUCACUUGCUCUGAUUCCUUCCCAGUUGCUGGACUUGGAUGGCUCGUUGACUGGCUUUCAGGACAACACAAGAGACUCAACGAUGUUUUCUUCAAGCUUGAUGAUCUGUUUCAACGUGUGAUUGAUGAUCAUUUGAGUACUGGAAGAUCAAAAGAUCACCAAGACAUCGUCGACUCUAUGUUGGAUAUGAUUCAUAAACAAGGCCAAAAUGGUUCCUUGAAUCUCACGGUAGAUCAUAUCAGAGGUGUCCUCCUGAAUAUAUUUCUUGCAGGGAUAGACACAGGGGCCAUAACCAUGAUAUGGGCAAUGACAGAGCUUGCUAGAAACCCUAACCUGAUGAAGAAAGUUCAAAGGGAGAUCCGAGACGCUCUUGGCAAUAAUAAGAAGACAAUCACUGAAGAAGAUGUCGAGAAAGUUCCUUAUUUAAAGAUGGUGAUCAAAGAAACAUUCAGACUACAUCAUGCAGUUCCUCUUUUACUCCCAAGGGAAACAAUGGUUCACAUAAAAGUUCAAGGCUACAAUAUUCCCCCUAAGACACAGAUCUUGGUCAACGCUGGUGCUAUAGGAAGAGACCCCAAACUCUGGACUAACCCGGAAGAGUUUAACCCAGAGAGGUUUAUCAAUAGCCCUGUGGAUUAUAGAGGACAAUACUUCGAGCUCUUACCAUUUGGCUCUGGUAGAAGGAUAUGUCCUGGUAUGCCCAUGGGGAUGGCUACUGUCGAGUUGGGACUCUUGAACUUGCUUUACUUCUUUGAUUGGAGUUUGCCUGAUGGGAUGACACAUGAAGAUAUUGAUACAGAAGAAGCUGGUACUCUUACUAUCGUCAAGAAAGUACCUCUUAAGCUUGUUCCAAUUCGAGUUAUGUGAUCAGAAUUUUUAAAAUGUUUUGAGUAAUUAACAUUAUGCCGUUGCUGUAAUGUUAUGUUUGCGUAUGCGAUUUGUGGCCUUGUCCGUCUGUCUUUUUGAAUCGUCGGAACUGUACAUAUCACUAGAUCCUCUAAGAGCUUCAGUAUCGCUUUUA